CUACUAAACUUUGUGAAGCAAAAUAUCUACGCUGUUGUCGUUCAUUUAUAAGGGGAAAGAGAACAAAAAUGGCAUGUGCCCAAGAAGACCGUCUUAUGACAGCGGCCAUAGAUUUUGGCACGACAUAUUCGGGCUACUGCUUUUCAUUUCGGCAUGACUUUGAGACUGAUCCUCUCAAAGUAUCAGCUAAUACGUGGACUGCGGGCACAGCGGGCCUCGUUUCCCUGAAGACCCCCACUACGGUGCUACUAGACGGAGAUGGGGAAUUGGUCGCAUUCGGUUACGAAGCAGAAGAUCGCUACUCCGAGCUUGCAGACGAACAGGAACACGCAGAUUAUUACUAUUUUAGAAGAUUCAAAAUGACGCUGUUCAAUUCAUCCUCUAGGCUGACAAGAGACACGAUGUUGAAGGACAUGACAGGAGGAAAACAGAUGAAAGCCAUAACUGUCUUUGCCCACGCCAUUCGCUAUCUCAAGGAUCAUAUGUUGAAAACUUUAGACCAACGAGGGGCUGGGAUCAAAGCAAGGGACAUCAACUGGGUCCUGACAGUGCCCGCUAUCUGGGACGACCCCUCAAAACAGUUCAUGCGGGAGGCUGCUGAAGAGGCUGGUAUAAAUCGAGUGCAGUUAAUGAUAGCUCUAGAACCUGAGGCAGCUUCUUUGUUUUGUAAAUAUCUCCCUAUAGAGAAGCUACAGGGCGCUGAGGGUGGAAUCAGUGCUUUCAAACCUGGCAGUCGAUACCUUGUUUUAGAUGCUGGUGGUGGUACGGUCGAUAUCACAGUGCACGAGGUUCAAUUCAACGGAACUUUGAAGGAACUGGACAAGGCAAGCGGCGGCGCUUGGGGCGGCACUAGAGUCGACCAGUCAUUUAAAGAAAUGCUGGAGGAGAUAGUGGGGGGAGGGAUGCUAGAAGAAUUUGCAUUGUCGCAUACUGCAGACUAUAUUGACCUGUUCCGAGACUUUGAGACUAAAAAACGUAAUGUUAAAGACGAUGCUCCAGGAAAAAUCACCAUUCGUAUUCCAAUAAGUCUACAAGAGCUGUACGAAGAGCGAUCGGGAGAGGAAAUCAAAAAGAAAAUUCGCCAAACCAAAUACAAAGAUGAUCUAACUUGGGUUGGAGAUCGUCUGCGCAUUAACAAGCCAUGUUUUGUGAACUUGUUUUCGGCAGCCAGUGAUGGCAUGGUAAAUCACGUUAAACAGUUGCUACGAUCGCCCAGAGUUCGAGGCACAAAUAAUAUUCUUAUGGUUGGAGGUUUUUCGGAAUCUCCUUUACUUCAAAAGAGAAUUCGGGAGGAAUUUCCCGAUAGUCGAGUGAUUAUUCCACAAGAGGCUGGUCUAGCUGUCCUUAAAGGUGCUGUUAUAUUUGGUCAUCAACCGGCCACUAUUGCGGCACGUAUCGCAAAAUAUACAUACGGCAUUGAAACGAAUACGACCUUCGAUCGUAGAAAACACCCAGAGUCGAAGAAGAAGAUGGUAGAAGGUAGAGAAAAAUGUAAAGAUGUGUUUGAUAAGCAUGUUUGUACCGGUCAAUUACUGGAAAUAGACGAUGUUCAAAGUGAAAAGAGCUACUGGCCUCUGUAUUCAAAUCAAACGAAAGUGUCGUUACCAGUAUAUACGUCCACAAGAGAAGACCCAGAGUUCGUUGACGAAUCUGGCAGUUCUUAUCUAGGAAAACUUACGGUUGAUCUCCCAAAGUACGGGUCAGAUAAAGAAGUUUCAACAAGUUUCAUUUUUGGCGGAACUGAACUCAAAGUACAGGCUGUCGUGAAAAGCACAGGAGAAGUCACCAGUGCUAAUUUUGAUUUUUUGGAAGGAGAACCGUAAAUAAGAAAUACAUUUUUAAAGGUUAUUUUUCAUGUAAUUUUUCAUCACGUUUUCAAGCAUAAUAACCGUAACAUUAUCAGUAUCAAAAAGACACAGCGUCGCUGAUUGUACGAUUUUCAUUAAUUGCUCCGCCCACAAGAUUGCUGAUCGAUCAAUAUAAAUUCAAGUAAUGUUAGGGAGACAGCAAAUACCGAAAUACUUUCAUAAAUUCAAAUAAUCAUAUAAAUUAUGCUUGUCAUUUAAAUUACUGUCAUGUCAAAUAUGCGCAAAAAUAGAAAAGUACUUUUAAACAACUGAAUUAGGUCUCAUGAUUUUCCCAAAGGAGGAUUUUGUAUUUUUAAUUUUUGUGUUUGUACAUCAUUUUGCGUCUCGUACUUUAUUAUACUGUACACUACGACGAGGGAUGUCCAAAUUGAUACGCAUAAGAUUGAAUGGAAUUGAGUCGAAAAUGUGCCUAAUGCAUUAAAAAAUGGAGUAUACGUACAUGUACAAUUGUUGUAUAGAAAUGUAAAUAGAGGAGAUAUACACUGUCAUAUACACAUGUAAGGAAUAAAUUGAAUAUAACAACCUGA